GUCCGCGGCGAGCUUCAGAGCGCAGAGUUAUCCGGAGGCGCGCGCACUCGCGCGAUAACGCUUUCUUUUUUAUACUUUUAUACACUAAAAAAACCAGUUAUUAUUAUUAUACACACGGAAUCGGUAAUUUCGAUAGAUUUCACAUUUCUUAAGCCCGUACGAAGAGAAGACGAGGAUGAGCGUACCGGAUUACGGCGAGCUCGGCAAAAGCGCUCGCGACGUCUUUCGCGAGGGUUACGCUUACGACUUGGCCAAGCUCAAGCUCAGCGCCAAGCUCGGCGUCGAGGCGGACGUCGCUUUUGAUCUCAGGAAGUCCGAGCUGACCGGCUCGUUCCUCGGCAAGUACAGCACCAACGGCUACGGCCAGUUCAGUGGAAAGCUCUCCAGACCCAGUCUUCUCACCGGCGAGUACAAACUCAACGGCUUCCUCUCGGAGAACGUGGACCUCGACGCCGGAUACACGUUCAACUUGGCCGACAAUUUUCAGACCUGUCGAGUCCGCGGAAAAUUCCACAACUCUUUGUUACACGCGGACGGAUCGAUAACGAAAGACUUGGACGGAGACGCGGUGCUGCACGGCUCGGCCGUGCUGAAGUUGGGAAAGUUGCUGCUUGGCUAUCAGGCCGAGUUCAAACCCAACGGCUCGAGGCUCAGCAAGAAUGAUCUGGCCCUCGGAUGCGAGAUCGGAAACUCGGCGGCGCUGCACUUGCGAUGCUUGAGGAUUCCCAAGGAGCUAGGACUAUCCGGCUUCUACAGUGUGAGCGACAAGCUGGACGUAGCGGUGGACGCAAAGCUGGGCCUCGGCGACGAGUCGAGGCCCUGGUACCUCGGCGCUGGUCUCGCUUACAAGCUCAACGAGCAGAGCAAGCUGCGAUUGAAACUCGACAAGAAUCUUCAGCUGGGCACGAGCUUGCAGAUGCCACUGAACGAAGAGGCCAAAGUCACGCUCGCGAUGAAUCUCGACUUGGCCCAGCCUGCCUCGGGUCAACACAAGGUCGGGCUCGGCCUGGACCUUGAGGUUUAGAGACGCGUGUACACGCAAACGUAGAUUUUAGACUUACUAUAGUGAGCCUGUGAACAGUGUUUUUGUAAAUCGUCCUCUAUCGUGUCUCGUGAAUUAUAUAAAGCUAUUUUACGGAUAAA